UGCUCGCUCUGAUCCUCACACAUCAUUAUGCAGGAGAGGGGUAUAUAGAGGGGCUGUCUGCCUCCCUGGCCGCACAUCACUGACAUCCCAUCUACAGGGAGGACACUGCCGCACACUGACCGAUGGCUCCUUACAGCGUCAGCCUCAUCCAGAGCCCGGCUAAUGAUCCCCUCACCCAGCAGCCCAGAAAACUGAGGAAACCGGUGAUCGAGAAGAUGAGGAGAGACCGGAUUAACAGCAGCAUUGAGCAGCUGCACAUCUUACUGGAGAAGGAGUUCCAGAGACAUCAGCUACCCUCCAAACCUGAGAAAGCCGAUAUCCUGGAGAUGACGGUCACCUACCUGCAGCGCCACAUGGCGGAGAGAAAUGUCACAGCCUCCAGCCAGGCCCAGAGAGAAGGCUUCUCCACCUGCGUCCAGGACUCCAUCACCUUCCUGUCCCAGCACAAACAGACCGAGCUCCAGAUCCAGCUGCUGCAGAACCUCCCUGGGGCUCACACUAUGACAUACGGGGCUGUAUCUCCUCCUGUAUCCUCCAUCCACCAGACCCCCAGCAAACACAGCCCCCUGGACAGCAGCAAAGCCUUGUGGAGACCCUGGUAGUGACUGGAUCCUCUGGUGUGGACUGAUCUCAGAGCUAUGUACCCCCGUAUACCUGAGAGCUGGAGAUGGGGUGGAUUCUGCCUCUCACUAAUGUCUCAUCAUGAGAUGGAGAAGAAGUUCAUUCUGGACAUGGUGUAAUUACUACGUGAUUUACUAGUCCUUCCUAUUAUCUGCCGUCUGCUGCAGCUCUCCUGUAUGAACUUGGUUCUAUAUUGUUAUAGGAGUCGUUGUCUUCUAUGAAGAAGAUGUCCUAGUCCUAUAUGGACACAUUCUAUGAAUAUUCCCAGUGAUACAAUGUAUCAGAUUAUAUGUAGUGUGUACUGGCUGUAUACAGAGGGGAGUAGUGUAUGUAUAUAUCAGACCUCCAGUGCAAAGCAUUGCAGAAUAAUGGAGGUGAGACCUCCGGCCUGAUAUAUACAGUAGAUACUAUGUAUUAUACAGUACUGUACAGCACAUUAUAUGUAGUGUGUACUGGCUGUAUACAGAGGGGAGUAGUGUAUGUAUAUAUCAGACCUCCAGUGCAAAGCAUUGCAGAAUAAUGGGGGUGAGACCUCCGGCCUGAUAUAUACAGUAGAUACUAUGUAUCAUACAGUACUGUCCAGCAGAUUAUAUGUAGUGUGUACUGGCUGUAUACAGAGGGGAGUAGUGUAUGUAUAUAUCAGACCUCCAGUGCAAAGCAUUGUAGAAUAAUGGAGGUGAGGCCUCCGGCCUGAUAUAUACAGUAGAUACUAUGUAUCAUACAGUACUGUACAGCAGAUUAUAUGUAGUGUGCACUGGCUGUAUACAGAGGGGAGUAGUGUAUGUAUAUAUCAGACCUCCAGUGCAAAGCAUUGUAGAAUAAUGGAGGUGAGGCCUCCGGCCUGAUAUAUACAGUAGAUACUAUGUAUCAUACAGUACUGUACAUCAGAUUAUAUGUAGUGUGUACUGGCUGUAUAUAUAGAGUAAUAGGAAAAUGCCACGUGCAUUGCUUGUAUUGCUUGAUUUUGGCUUUAAUUGUGUCACAGUCAUUAAGCUUCCAGGGCAUGCUGGGAGUUGUUGUUUUGGAGACAAUUGUUCAGUAUAGUAUACUGGUCCGUCUCUCCUAUGGGGAUAAUUGCUAGGUUGUAACUGAUCUGUUUUGCAAUAUUUGCAGGAAUUACUCCAAUGUUCAAUACUUUGUGUAUAUUGAUAUGUAACAGGUGCCAUUCAAUUUAGUAUGGCUGGUAUGCAAUAUUUGCAACUACUGCUUAUCAUUUAUUGAUAUUUCCUAGUAUGCAAUAUGUGUGAGAGGUGUCAGGAGUUCAUGUAUAACUUGUACUGUGGUAUGCAAUAUUUGCAGAUAUUUCAUAUUUCAUAAAUCUGUGCUUGUAUAUGAUUGCAGAU